AUGCCCAUCCAUCUGGCUCGUCCAGCAUUGAGCUCUCUGUCUCUGCGAGCUCUAUCUUCCUCAUCCCGUGCCGCCGCCGGUCGAUCAUCGCUGCCCCACCACCACCAACAACAACAACAACUCGUUCGUCUUCACCAGCGUCUGAAUACAACUACUACACCUUACUCAACCUCUUCUUCUCCGCCUCCGCAGAACCGUCGUUCGGAAUUCAAGGUCGUUCCGUUCAUUGUGCUCCUCGCUGUUGGUACGGGCGCAUAUAUCCUGCUGGUCAAAUCUCGCACCGCCAAACCAGCCGUUAAGUCAGAGUAA